AUGCCACGGGAUCAGUACGCCAGGCAGUCUCUAGGCUCUACAUAUCGUCUAGUGAAGGAGUCUCGCGUUCUCCUCGUCGGCGCAGGCGGCAUCGGCUGCGAGCUCUUGAAGAACCUCGUCCUGACCGGCUUUGGCGAAAUCCACAUUAUAGACCUUGACACGAUCGAUCUGAGCAAUUUGAACCGCCAAUUCCUCUUCCGGCAAGAGCAUAUCAAGAAGCCAAAGGCGUUGGUCGCCAAAGAAGUCGCCCAGAAGUUCAACCCCGGCGUAAAGCUCAUCGCGCACCAUGCCAACAUCAAAGAUCGCCAGUUCAACCUGGAGUGGUUCGCAGGAUUCAAUAUUGUCUUCAAUGCGCUUGACAACAUGGAUGCGAGGCGCCAUGUCAACAAGAUGUGUUUGGCGGUGGAUGUGCCUUUGAUUGAAUCUGGCACUACUGGGUUUAAAGGACAAGUCCAGGUCAUCAAGAAGGACAAGACCGCGUGCUACGAUUGUACGGCCAAGACCACCCCCAUUUCUUAUCCUGUCUGCACGAUACGGAGCACACCCAGUCAACCGAUUCACUGCAUUGUGUGGGCCAAAAGCUAUCUUUUGCCGGAGCUAUUUGGAGUGAGCGAGGACGAACCUACAGAGCUCGAUCAUUCGGGAGAUACAGACAAUGUCGAAGAGAUUGAAAAACUGAGACAAGAGGCGCAAGCGUUGAAGAAAAUCAGAGAGUCAAUGGGCUCGGAUGACUUCGCAAAACAUGUCUUUGACAAAGUAUUCAAAGAGGACAUUGAACGAUUAGUAAACAUGGAAGAUAUGUGGAAGGACAAGAAGCCACCGGAACCGCUGUCCUAUGAGACCCUUGAACAAGAAGCCUCCUCAAUCAACAGCUCGAUAAAAUUGGAUGGACAACGCAUCUGGUCACCCGCCGAAAAUUUCAUCGUGUUCAAAGACAGUCUCUCUCGUUUAUCACACCGACUGGCCGAAGAGCAAAGUAAGGCAUCUAAGACAGCUCAACCGCUGCCAACUAUUACAUUCGACAAGGACGACGAUGAUACAAUGGAUUUUGUUGCCGCCACAGGAAAUCUCCGAGCCAUCAUCUUCGGAAUUGAGACCAAGUCAAGUUUCGACAUCAAGCAAAUGGCAGGCAAUAUCAUCCCUGCAAUUGCUACUACAAAUGCCAUGGUUGCAGGAUUGUGCGUGAUGCAAGCGUUCAAGGUAUUGAGAGGAGAGUUUACCCGGACGAGAUGGCUAUGGUUGUGGAACGGAUCUUUGCGGACCGAUCAGUUGGAAAAGCCAAACCCGGAAUGCCCGGUUUGCAGUGUUGCGAUGGGCCGGGUGCACGUGGACCUUGAGAAAGCCACCUUGAACGACCUGGUACAAGAUGUCCUGCGCACGAGGCUAGGCUAUGGAGAGGAGCUAACAGUUCUCACUGACGCCGGCAUCGUCUACGAUCCUGAUCUAGAAGACAAUCUUGAGAAAAAAUUGACAGACUUGGAUAUCGAAGAUGCAAGCUUCAUUCUGGUCAAGGACGAGGAAGACGACAACCCCCGAAUUGAUCUCCGACUUGCGAUCGAGGCGAAAAAGCCCACAGACCAGUCGAAGCCAGUUGCCCUUGUCGAGAAAGAAGGGGAGACACUGGACAUUCCCCGAAGACCGACAAAAGAAGAUGCACCAAAUGGCGGUGAUGUUGACGGAGACGAUGCAAAUGGCAGUGUUGUCACAAACGGCUUUAGCAUAGCGCCACCGACAGUCAAGCGGAAGCGGGACCUCGUUGAUGACGACGCAGCGAGCGGCACACCGGCAAAGAAGUUACAGGGUCCUGUGGCUGCAGAGGUGGCUAAGAACUCAGCCUUGAACGCGAUUGUCAUUGAUGAGGACGAUGGAACACUUUUGAUUGCCGAUGAUGACUAG